UCCACAAAAUGUACCCGCACCCACACCGCCCCCACACAGUGGGCCCACCACCUAUAUAUGCAGCACAGACCACACAUUACAAUUAGAGUCUCUGCUGAGAUCAAGGGAAACAAUGAUGAAGUCCAAGAGAAUCUUCCUCUCUGUGCUCUAUCUCCUGCUAUACAGCAGUUUCUCAACUGCCAAUCUCAAUCCAGUUGUUGUAACUCAAGUGGAAAAAGGGAUAAACACCAAUGUCAAACUAUUAGAAGGUCUUGGUGCACUGGGAAAGUUGACUGUAGAAGAAGAUGCAAAGACAAUCCAAAAAGUCUUGGAAGUCUUUAAAAAGCUGGGAAAGAUUGCAUAUGCUCUAGGUUUUGUUGGGGCAUUGGUGGAUUUUAUCCUUGCUUUUAUCCCCCAAGAAAAUCCCAUUUUAAAGUUCAUGAAGGUCCAGUUUUCAGAGGUCAACAGGAAACUGGACUCCAUCUCACUCCAAAUAAACUCUCUGGCAGAAGAAAUGGAAUGGACAGUGUAUGCCAGUGUCUAUUCCAAUGAUGAAAACAACAUCAAAAACUCCUGGACCAAACUGAGAGAGUUCAUAGACAGUGCCUCUGCAGCACAAACGGAAAAGGAGAAGACCAGAUUAGCUGAAAGAUUCACCACUUUCUACGAGAAUACUGGAACAGAGAGCAGCGUUCAUAACUUUCAUAGGUACCUGACUGAGAGCAACCCAGCCAGUCUAAAUAAGAACCUUUUGAUACUUGUCACUCAAAAGUCUAAAGGGGAUUUUAAAACCCUUGUGCAAUUCACUGCAUAUUUUACUUCCCUGAUGGUCACUGGAUUGCAACUGAAUCUUUAUUAUUAUGCAUUAAAGGGCUAUGAUGGUAAGAAUAAAGUGAGAGAGGCAGUCACACAGUUAACUAAUGUUCACACAAAGAUACAGGAUGUCUUGAUUGAUUGUGCUGACAGCUUUGAGAUUUGGGCAGAGAAGGAUGUGCAGCAAAUUGGAACAAAGCCUUUGCCAGACAAUAAGCAUCUUGCAUACACUAUCAAGGAGCACUUGGACAAGAAGUUCAACUGGUAUAACUGGACAGUCAUUGUGCAUGAUAAAAAAGAUGAAGAAGAGAGGACCUACGGAAACUCUAUUAAAGUUAUCGCUCAAGACAAAGUAGUAAUACACCUCCUACACAGGGAAAAAGGGUUCACUGUACAUCAAGGCAUGAAAGCUCAAAUGGAACGGGAGUGGAAUAGCAAAGGAAGGCUCUGUCAGGACAAAAUAUCCCAGUGGCCCAUUAUUUUCCAAAGGAGAACUAUGAAACAUGUAGAAUACAUUCAUGAACGACCCGAUUAUGCUCAAACAAUUGAUAAUGAGCUUGUGAAACUAAAAUGUUUAAACUUGCUUGAACCUGUAUUAGUUUAUGAAACAUAUACAGUCUAUUUAAAGAAUCAGAAACUUGUUGAAAAUCAUCCUUGCUCUGAUGUGAACUGUAACAAAGGUGAGUGUAGACAAAUCAAAGACACAUCAAGCGGAAUCUGUAAGUGUGAGAAAAUGUUCUACGGUCCAACCUGUCAGAGAAGUAUUCAGGAUGACAUUGACUACGCAGCCAUGGAGAGUGAAGUCAUUGGUAUCUCUUACCAGCCUGUACCAGACUUGACUGCUAUUUAUAUUGGUCUUCAGGAAAUGAAAGAAUAUGUAGGAGCUCUGUUUAACACCCUAUGGCAAGACAUCCAGUGGGCACAAAUAUUCAUUAAGUACAAUGAUGUGAUUGACAAAUUCAGAUAUUUGGCAAAAGUGCACAAUUUCCUUAAAAAUGAAACAAUGUCUCAGGAUCAAUUUGUCUCUGAGGUUGAAUCCCUUUUUACCAAAGGAAACACAUUCCUUUACAUGAUGCACAAGUUUGAUCUAAUGAUGCAAGGGACAGGCUUUGGAGAUAAAUCCAAUAUCCUGGACCUUUUUCGACAAUCUCUGCUCACAGAACCACUAAAUCAAGAUGAUAAGAGUCAAUCAAAUCCUAGGACAGUAUGCUCUAAAUCCUACAGUGAGAGAAUUGAUUAUUUUGUUCGCAUUAUGUUUGCUAUGGAGCAGGAAGCCGUCUUAGGAUGGCAGAGGUAUUUGCUGAUCAAGCAUGAGUCACAAAAGGUGGUGACUCCAGAAGCACUGCAGUAUGGCCCUACAGCCGUAAAGAAAAUGAUACGAGCACGUGCACUUAUGAGGUCUGAUGAAUACCUCAAAAGUGUGUUUAAACAUUAUGUAUCUGAGCAGUGGAGCCUGUUCAACAGGAACGGCUGUGGCUUGCUCAAGGCAGAGCUCCUGUCCAACACUUACUGUGAGAAGCCCCAUCACAGCACAGACCAGCAGGAGGUCCCACUGACAUGCCAAGAGGAUUACCAGCCCUUUCCAAAGACAGUGCAGUGUUCUAAAAAACAAUGGAGUGCCCUGCCUGUGUGCUACACUCACCCUAGGAGGGGAAGCACCACCUGCAAGUCUGAGAAUGGAACUACGGUCUGUACAGCCACCUGCUCUAGUGGUUGGACCAUUGAUGACAGACAGACCAGUGACACCUACCGAUGCACCAAGCAGCCCUGUCCAUCAUUCACUCCCAGAGCUUGUAACAGAUGCACCAAGGACAGUGUGUGUGGAGACAGCGAAGUGUGCCGCAAUGCUAAAUGUGUGGAUGGAUGCAGUGUCUUUCCCUGUGGGCUAAAUGCACGGUGUUCCACCACAAACCAUGUCCAGCGCUGCACCUGCGUGAGUCCUUGGAUUCUGUGGAAUGGACAUGAUGCACACUCAUAUGGAUGCCGCUACCAAAACCUGAGAUGGGAGCCUCGUACAUCCUUGGAUCGCAUACCACAAAAUACCGUGACGUCUAAGACGGGACGCCAUGUUUGUCGAGCUAAAGGCCCAGAUGGCGGAUGGCAUGGAGGAUGGAUCUGGAUUCAUAAUGUCAACACCUGCAAUUAUGAAUAUGGUUGGUCUGAAAAGAGGGCUACCAGUUUUGAGGUGCUGGUGGACCCCUGUGGUGGCAGUGGAGUUCAGUGGUUGAGUGGCGGGAUGAACUCCAACUCCGUUGAGAUUGGCCAGGCUGUUCCAUGGCCCUGGAUCACUUACCUGGUGUGCAGCCGGAAGAGCAAUGGCAUUCCAGGGAAACUUUUUAACACUCGAAGUGGACUGCUGUGUCACUAUGGGUUUGAAAACCGGGGUAACCGUGAUGGCAAUUUCUACACUCUUGUGAAAAAACGAUGUAUUUAGACUCAUCGAAUCCUGAUGGGGAAAAUGCAAGCAUGUUUUGUCUUUCAACAAUCACUCACUUCUAUACUUUUUAAAAAAAGUUAUUGAGUCUGAUCAACAUAAAACAUAGAAUAGACAUUUAUCUCUUGUCAAUUAAGAAAGCCUUUGCUUUAAAUGGAACCAUCUCUCUCUCAUAUACACAUCUGUCACAUGUAAAUCUAUCAAAUAUGAUGUAUAUGAAGGAUCAGUGACGUGUGACAAAUUCACUGCUUGCUUUUUUUUGGCAUCUUUCUGCAGAAAUAUUAAUACUGUCCUCAUAUUCAAAGUAU